UCCCAGCGUCGUCUACAGCGGGCUUGCAUCGGAGCGAGCGAGAGAGAGGUGGUGGGAGGCAAGAAGACGAGCUGGAGUGAGACUCCUCAAGGACACAUAAAGAUGGUGAGAGCUCCAUGCUGCGAGAAGAUGGGUCUGAAGAAGGGCCCCUGGACUCCGGAAGAAGACCGGAUUCUGGUCUCCUACAUCCAGAGAUACGGCCAUGGCAACUGGCGCGCUCUCCCCAGGCAAGCUGGUCUAUUGAGGUGUGGGAAGAGUUGCAGGCUCCGAUGGACGAACUACCUCCGACCAGACAUUAAGCGAGGGAACUUCACCAAGGAAGAAGAAGAGAUUAUCAUCAACCUGCAUGAAAUGCUUGGAAAUAGAUGGUCUGCGAUCGCAGCGCAGCUGCAUGGACGAACAGACAAUGAGAUCAAGAAUGUGUGGCACACCCACUUGAAGAAGCGAGUGAGUCCGAACCAGUUGGUCCAAAAUUCCAACAGGAAGCGAAAGGCCGGCCAAGGUGAUGCCAUGGCUGGGAUGGAAUUCGGACCCGCCAAGUUGCAAGCGAUUGCCAUGGUGCCCGACGGGAAGCCAGGAAAGCCGAGCCCUGUGCCCGUGUCCCCAUCCCCAUCGCAGUCUUGCAGCGACAUCUCCUCCUCAGCCACCACCAAUUCAUCCGCCAUCAUAGGAGAAAUCGGCAUCAAAGAAGAGUGCACGGAUUCUUCGGCUGAACUCCCGGAAAUGGACGACAGUUUCUGGUCGGAGGCAUUAUCAAUUGAGAACUGUGACGCGCCCAUGGAUUACAACAUGAUAGCCGGUCCUCCUCCUAAUUCUCUUAGUGAUGCCUUCUCCACGUUCAGUCCGUCCAAUUACAAUGAUGAUGACAUGAAUUUUUGGUUGAAGCUCUUAAUGGAAGCAGGAGAUUUUCAGGAAUUGCCUGAGAUCUGGCAAGCAUGAGAGGGAGACAGGAGGGCCUUUGCAGCCCAUAUUAUAAUGAUUUUCUGUUAUAUAUAUAUAUAUAUAUAUAUAUAUAUAUAUAUAUAUAUAUAUAUAUAUAUAAAAGAGAAACGAAAUUAACAUUUUCUUUUGUACUUUUUGCAUGAUGGGAGAUUUGGGGCUAGAAGAAAUUUGCAAACACUCUCUAGUCAUAUACCCAAGCAGGAGAAGUGAUAGGUAGACUACAAGAUUGUAAAAGUAGCCUCUGGAGAUUAGAUGGGGUAGAGACUAACAAUGUAAAAGAAGCUUUUCCUUUGAGAGAGAGACAUUUGUAUGAUCUUACAGAAUCUUAUUCUGAUUGUAUGAGAUUUCAUCACAUAGAUGUGUAUGCAUACGCUGUUUGCUAAUGCAUUAUGGGCAUCCGUUUUUUUCACAA